CUUGGGAGUGUGGAGUGUGUGUUACUUCUUGUGUUAUUGAACACAAGGAAGGAAUUACUUCAGUAUUAUGGCAGAUAAAGGACCUAUUUUGACAUCAGUCAUAAUUUUCUACUUGUCCAUUGGAGCUGCGAUAUUCCAAAUCCUCGAGGAGCCGAAUUUAAAUUCAGCUGUGGACGAUUAUAAAAAUAAAACUAACAAUUUAUUGAAGAAAUAUCCCUGCCUAAGUAAAGAGGUCUUGGGCGAAAUUAUUGAGGUAGUGGCGGAGGCGACUGGACAAGGUGUGACUGUAACAAAAGAAGCACAAUUCAACAAUUGGAAUUGGGAGAAUGCUGUUAUUUUUGCUGCUACAGUCAUCACUACUAUAGGUUAUGGUAAUGUUGCUCCAAAGACAACUGGAGGUCGUUUAUUCUGUAUCCUCUAUGGUCUCUGUGGCAUUCCUCUGUGCCUCACCUGGAUAAGUGAGCUGGGUACAUUUUUUGGCAGCAGGACAAAGCGUCUAAGUCAGUUGCUCCUCCACAGUGGCCUCAAUGUGAGAAAAGUUCAGUUCAUCUGCACAAUUGUGUUCCUUUUAUGGGGCUUCUUGGUUCACUUAAUCAUCCCAGCCUUUGUGUUCAUGUUCUUUGAGAAUUGGACUUACUUAGAAGGCCUGUACUUCUCCUUCACCACCCUGACGACUGUCGGUUUUGGUGACUAUGUGGCAGGGGUGGACCCAUCCGUAAACUACCCCACUCUCUACAGAUUCUUUGUCCAGCUAUGGAUCUACCUGGGCCUUGCUUGGUUGUCAUUGUUCUUCAGUUGGAACGUGCAUAUGGUGGUGGAAGCUCAUAAAGUUUUAAAGAAAAGGAGGAUGAGACGCCACAGGCUGCCCACCGAUGACGUGCCGGAAAAAAAAGAAGUGAAAAAAACACCAAAGCCACCUCCUCGCUCUGGAGUCAUUGACAUCUUUGAGUUCAUGUCCGAGAAGGUCGAGGACUACAGCGACGUUAUCCGAGCUAUCGGAGCAGACGAAAAGAGAAGGAAAAAGAAACAGGAGGAGGAACUGGCACGAUCCAAGAGCUGCAGUGACCUUUUGCAAGGCCUGGUCAUCCCGCUUGAUCACUCUCCUCGUCUGCAACGGCGGUUCAGUGUCAGCGCCAACAUGUGCAUGGCCAUAUCUGAUGAGUCUGUGGAUGGCCUCAACAAUAACAAUUGCAAACAAGAGGAUGACACACUAACUAAAGUGCGCCAUAAAGACCAGAAGGUUAAUCGAGAGAGAGCGGAGAAUCCUGCACGUUGUGCAUGGGACUCUAGAUCAUCUGAUCCAUCAAUCUUUCAAAGUUCCACUGUUACCAACAGCACUAAUAGAGGAUCAAGAUUCUCAGUGUCCAAAGUUUCAGAAGAUCGUUUAUUAGGGAAGAGGAAAAGCUUUGGUUGAAGGAGCUAGUGGACCAAAGCUGGACCAAAAACCAAAGCUAGUGGACCAAGACUCUCUGUGUCCAAAGUACUGGAAGAGCAUUUAGAGACUGAUCUGGAAGAUUGUAGAACAAAACACUAAUCUGGAAAGAUUUCAGGAAUGGUUCUACUUUUUAUGAAUGAGGGAUGAAGAUUCCCCGUGUCUAGAGUUUCAGAUUUUAAACAUUUUCAAAUGUGACGUUCACUGAUCAUUUCAGAGGAGAAACCAAGACCUUGGAACAUUGUUCCCAUAUGCAGCCAGGUGCAUCCUUUUGUUAAUGAAAGCUGCGAAAGCGUUCACUUGCUUUUCACAGUAUCAAAAGACAUUCAGGUAGCACGCAGGGCCUUGUAGCCGUCUGUGACCAAGAUAAGGAUAUGAGGGUUGGCAGAGGAAAUGAUGCCGGUUUCCUUCCACGCAAGGACCUUCACAGACGUUGGACAGUUUGGGUGCGGUACUGCGGUUUUUAACCAUGCUUAUUUUUAUUCGUUCUCUGGAUUAUGUUACCAAGAUGAACUUUAGGCAAAUGGUGGGAUAUUUUUGGAAUUAAAUUAUAGCACACCUCCUGACUGUGCAGUAUAUACUGAACAACAGACUAUUUCUGUAAUGUAAGGCAACUAUCAACCAAAUGAGUUGCAGGAAUUACGAUGACUUUUAAAGCAGUUCCCCAGCAACCAUAUCAUCCUGCACCCAAACAGUAUUGGUGUUGGGAAGUCAAUCAAAUAGAACAAUGUUCAUAGUAUUAUAUCUUCAGCAAAACUAGAAAUGAAAGGUCAUGUUGAGCACACUGCAGGGCAAUAUAUCCCACAUUGUGUUAUUUGAUUGUACUGAAUGUCUUAAAUGCUGUUGCAGGUCAGUGGUUUGGAAGCAUUUAAUCAUUUGCCUUCUGUAGAAACACUUAACCAGGCUUCCAGAGAAUAGCCUUUUCAUGAACGAGUGGUUCGGGCGAUUGUAUGUUACUUGAUCUUAUCAUUUGACUGAUUACAGAUUUUCUUGAGAAGUUCGUCUUGGCUUCUUUAUGUAUUAGUUUGAACACUUGUUUUGCCAUUUUUUUUUUUUUUUAUAAUAAACUAUUUUUUUACA